UCUCAUUCUGAGAUUCUCCUUGGUUUUCAGUGGUUUCCUUUUAUUUUCCAGUUAGAUUUUAAGAACAAAACUGUUCUCAAGUUCUUCAUCUAGAUCGUUUUAGAAAACUUAUAAAUAUUUGAACCAGUGACCAUUAGCAGUUGCCGUUGCAGCCCAAAAUUUAAGCUUGUUGUCGCGGUCUCAAGUUGUUUGAACGCCUGUGCUUGAUGGGCUUUCACAGUAGCUUGACUAGCUUCGCUGCACUUUAUUUUCAUGCUGAUAGCAGUUAGCCUGAUAGUAAUUUGAUUCCUCGGUUAUAAUUUUGCUGGGUUGAAACUGGAGCUAUCGGAGCGUCCAUAGAUCAUCCUGAUUUAUUUGGACAUUUGUCAGGCGUUCCGGUCUCGCCAUGGCAGAAGACGAUCUGGAAGAAAUGCGCCAUUUGCGACACAAAUUCCAUGUGGGACUCCGUCCUAGUCGCGAUGCUGGCUCCGACGACGAUGAAGAAGCACAUCCCACAGCAGCGGAGCCUACAGCAGCGUCUACCUACGUUUUUGGCACCACACUCAACCAACCAUCUGCGGCAUCCGCCAAAGAAGAGGACGAGAACGAAACCAUGGCGAAAAUGAUGGGCUUCUCCGGUUUCGCCUCAGGUGCGAAAAAAUCACGGACUUUCGACAUUGACACCCUGGUCAACGAGGCCCGCCAGAACGCCACACUGUCGUCCAAAGGAACGGAAUCCGACAGCGACGACGAUGCGCCCGGUCCACCCCUACCCCCGAAGCCGUCCGCGGCCCCCGGCAGCACCUCCGGGGUAGUGGGACCAUCCCCACCGCCUUCAGCAUCCUCUUCGGCUCUGCCGUCGGGAUCCUCCCAAUCUGACCUGGCUGAUGAUGAUUCCGAUGUGUCGGAUGACGAGGAGAGCGCGGAUGUCGGGGGAGGGGACUUCCGGAUCCCUUGUUCGUAUGAUCUCACCUUCGAACACGGCGACAAAGCGAUUACGGCCCUGAAUGUGGAUUCGGUUGGCGCGCGUUUCGCCACGGGCAGCGUGGACUACGAAGUGAAACUGUGGGAUUUUGGCGGGAUGCAGGCCAACCUGUUCGCUUUUCGCACGUGUAAACCCUGUGAAUCGCAUGCCAUCCACAAUGUCAGCUUCAGCAACGGCGGGGAGCAGGUGCUGGUUGUCUCCGGCAAUGCGCAGGCCAAAGUGAUCGACCGUGAUGGAUUUAACGUCAUGGAGUGCCCCAAAGGCUUCCAAUACCUCAACGAUAUGGCCGCUACCAAGGGUCACAUCGGUAUGUUGACUUCCGGGUGGUUUUCCCCCAAAGUCAAAUCGGAAUUCUGCACCUCCUCCUACGACGGCACGCUGCGCAUCUGGUCCAUCGAUAAUAAAGAAAAGCACAAAGUCUGCCUGAAACUGAAAUCCGCCAGCGGGCUGAAGACCGUCCCCACCACCUGCGCCUACAGCAAAGACGGGAAAUUCGUCGCUGCCGGCUGCCAGGACGGCAGCAUCUCCAUGUGGGACACCACCAAAGCCAAUUUUGUCAACCCGGCCAAGACCAUCCGCAACGCCCACCAGAACGCCACCGACAUCUCCUCCAUCUGUUUCUCCUACGACAACCGGAUGUUGUGCUCGCGGGGCCUGGACGACACGGUGAAACUGUGGGAUCUGAACAUGCUGAAGAAACCCGUGUUCGAGGCGCGCGGAUUAUCCAAUAUCUCCUCGCAGUCCGACUGCGUCUUCAGUCCGAACGAUAAAGUCGUUCUCUGCGGCACGGCGGUGCAGAAAGGCAGCGGGGAGAACGGGAAACUGGUGUUUUUGGACCGGAACACGUUUAAUGUGGUGAAAGAGCACCCGGUCGGUCCGCAGAGUGUCAUCCGCAUCGUGUGGCAUCCCCGGCUCAACCAGAUCUUCGCCAGCACCAACGAAGGCACCGUCAAGGUCUUCUUCGAUCCUAAUAUCUCGCACAACGGCGCGCUGCUCUGCCGGACGUCCAAGAAACGCGUCAAACCGAAGCUGGCGGAUUCAGUGACCGCGGAUUAUGUUUAUACACCGUUUGCGCUGCCCAUGUACAAGGAAGAGAAGCAGCGUAGUAAGCAAGCGCAAUUUGAGCGGGCCCGCAAGGAUCCCAUUAAAUCCCAGCGGCCGGAAUUGCCGGUGACGGGACCGGGUGCCGGUGGCCGCGUGGGACAGGCGGGCGGCACGUUGAGCUCGUUCUUGGUGCGGAAGUUGGGGUACGCGCAGAAGCGGAAGGAUGAGGAUGUGGAUCCCCGACAGGCGUUGCUACGGCACGCCGAAGCGGCGGCCAAGGACCCGUACUGGGUUUCGCCGGCCUACGCGAAGACGCAGCCUAAUACGAUCUUCCAGCAGGGCGAGGGGGAUGCGGCGGGGCAUGAAUUGGGGGAGAGUGUGGCCAAGAAACAGAAAAAGUUUUAGUUGUUGUGGUGUUGUUGUAGGAGGAUGCCUAAUGGAUUUUAUACUUUGUGGUACUACUCGUACUGUUUGAUUGAUGGCCGAUAUGUAGCAAAUAGCAAUCAUGUGUAAGACAUACACGUUGUUUUUCAGUAAAUGACGAAAUCUUGUUGACACGAGUCGAAAGACGAAUUGUCGCAGAUGGAAUAAAA